AUGGACGGUAAUCUGCUUGAGAGUCUCCUGGACCUGGAGGAAGAAUUCUAUCAAGAAGGAUUCAACCUGGGCUCCGCAGAUGGCGCCUUGGCUGGCUACACCGAAGGAAGUGUUUUCGCCGUCGAGAAAGGGUUCGAAAAGUUCGUCGAGAUCGGAAGACUGUACGGCAAGGCGUUGGUUUGGGCUCAGCGAGUCGCAGACUCCGACCCGUCUGUCUCUGCCAAGGCUGUUUCGGAGUCGCAAACGGAGGAUGGGACGAGUGACAGACCGGGCGAAGGAUUGCUGGACCCAUCGCUUUGCAAGGCGAUGCCAAACCUGGUGACGAGCUCCAGACUGGCCAAGAAUCUCGACACUCUGCUCGAAUUAGUCGACCCAGCUUCUCUACCGAUGGUGAACGAUGAGGAGGCCGUCAACGAUGUGGACGAACGCUACAAGGGCGCUGUCAUGAAAGCCAAGCUCAUCCAGCGUUCGCUGGGCGAAAAGGAAGACAGUUCGGAUAUUCACCCGGACGCAAAGGAGACGUCGACUGCAUCUGCAGGUGACGGAACAGGCAGCAUCGAAGACAUCAGCUCGUUAAGUAUUCGCCAUUGA